AUGGCUGCUUCCUCGUCAUACCGUUGUCCCACAUCCAGUGCUACUUUACUCUUCUACGUUAGCACUUUUCUGCUUUCCGACAUUUUAGCCCAGUCGGGGCCAAGCGAUGCUUUGCAGCAAAUUGCUGCAGCAAGUAAUGCUGCUUCUCCUUCGGCCGCGGACCAUUCGAGGUUCAGUCGAGAAACUAAGCAAAGUGCUCCUUCAUUUCAGUCAUUUGGCAAGAAUAUCACUCUCACCAAAGAGGAUAAAAUAGCACUAGCAAAAGUAAGCGAAAUCGCUGAUAGUGUUCUGAAUCGGUUGGGCCUAUCGUCUGACUUCACGGGAAAAAGGUACAAGCCUUCAGGACAACCGUACAGUUCUUUUCAAACUGGUGACCUGAAUAGCGUCGUGCCCGAAGCAAAUCAAAAUCGCAUCGAUUUACAA